AUGGAUUUUGCAGCUAGAAAUGCUGUUAAUUUAAGUGUAUUAAAACGACACGACGAAUACAUUGUUGAAAUUAUUGACACUUCUAGUCAUGUUGUAGUUUAUUUAUUUGAUCGUGACCAAUCUACAUGGACAAAGAAAGGUGUAGAAGGAACAAUAUCCAUACAACCAGUUUUUGGAUUUAUAGUGAUGAAUCGACUUGGCCUUGACAAUUUCAUGGCACCUCUAGUAGACAAUAUGGAUCUAGAAUUUAAAGACGAAUAUAUAAUAUAUCGUACAGAUGAUGAUGUUAUCCAUGGAAUUUGGAUCUUUGAACCAAAAGAUCGAGAUCGUAUAGGAAAAUCUAUGAAGAAAUGUCGCGAGUUAUCAUUGAUAAUAACGCUCCCGCCUCAACUUUCUCUAAAUUCUUCUUCCAAGACGACAAUUACGACCUCAAAGAAUCAAAAAACGUCUGAAAAUCAACCAAUAUCUAUUUCAAAUGAUCGUCAUUCGAAAGAUUUACUUGAAUUAUUUAAUAUUAAAACGCCACCACCACCAAAAAGAAACAUAAUAGAUGAUCUUCCACGAAGAUAUCAUACUCCUCCAGCAAUAACUGUAAGAUAUUAA